CUGAAGCAAAGGUUGCAGGAUGUCCUUGCAAACUAUGAGUUUGCUUUGCACAUUCUUUCCCCUCCCUUUUUUAAAUAAUUGUUUAAACUUUCACUUUGGCUGUGGACUUUGACACACACCUGAGGUGCAACACAAAGUAGAAAUCCCCGGUCACCUGGUUUCCAGGAAAGGGAACACCCAGUUUGUGAAAUAAGUUUUUAACAAAAGACAGCAGAGAAAAAAGUAACUCUUGUGCCCGAGGUAGCCAUGGCUGCUGGGGGUCUUGCUGAGGAUCUCUCCAGACGUCAGAGGGGAACAUGGAGCUUCUGCGAAAAACACCAGGAACCCCGGAAACUUUUCUGUAAAAACCACAAAACCGCCAUCUGUGUGAUUUGUGACAAAGCCAAGGAACACAAAAAACACAAGGUUGUUCCUCUGGAUGAAGCGCCUGAAAUAUACAAGGAUCAACUCUGCAGUCGCGAGGAGAUUUUGUGUCAAGAGAGAGAGGAGGUUCUGGCUUACGGAGCAGCCAUCUUAAAGGAAAGCCAAGACGAGCUUGAUCAAAUUGACGCUCUUGCGGAGAAUCUGGAGGCAAUGAGACAGGCAGCAUUUGGAAGUGGGGGAAAACAGACGCGGAAAAGAAGAUUCAAGGGGUUCUUCAAAUGGAAAUGGAAGAGAAGACAGCCUUCCUUGAACUGUCAGUCAUCUUAAGCUCUUGGGACGAGGACUGCUCUGGGCCUUUCAGAUCUCCAACACCUCUGCACCUCUCAAAAAGCAACCUUGCAGCUCUUCUUCUAUGGGGAGAAAUUGAAGAAGCGGAUGGAGGAGGAGGAGGAGCAGAAGCCAUUGCAGAGCUGGAAACAUCUCAAGCUGUAGGAAGGACCUAGAAACAUCAAGUGGAGUCUCACUAUUACCUUUCAGGUUAAGAAAAGAUCAGCCGGCCAGCCAAGGACAGUAAUCAUCAUAGAGGCUGUGGGGAAUGUCCUGAGCAGUCUGAAGGAAACCAUAGAUGGGAGGAGCUACUGCCUAGAAAGCGUCUCCUUUCAGGCAGUUGCGUGUCGAGACCCGCAGCCACCCCCUCGUUGGAAAUAACUCACACAAGGACACGGAUAUUAGGUUUAUGUUAUUGGGCAAAUUUUGGCCACAACUUUAUUGAAAUUACAGAAUGUGAGCAGUAUUGGCUUAGCCAUUGAUUGGACCUGACUAUAUUUGACUCCUGCUCAUU